GUGCUGCUAUCUAGGUUAACUUAUAUUUUUAAAGGUCCAACCUCUAAAUUGCAUUUACCGUACUCGUAUUGGGUUAUCUUUGCUCUUCUUUAAAUUAGUCGUAAAGAUAAUGCAUUUUCAUGAUUAUUAAACCAUAGUAAUUGAAUAAUUAAUGAGAAAGCCUUUGUUUUGUGUGAAUAUAACCCAAAUGUAUGUCAAUUUUAGCAUUGGGUAUGUUAGCUAACAAAAGUUCUUUAGUCAGUUAGCCGUAAUGGCUGACUUGGACAUUCUGUCUCAGUUGAAAAUAUUGAAAAAUUCUAAAAUAUCUGUAGAUGUAGAUGAGGUAUUACCAGAUAUUCUGGUUGUAUCAUAUUCUUUUGAAAGUAAAGUGUUCAAAGGUGUUUUGUUGGACUCCACCAAACGGAAUUUGCCUUGCGGUAUCAAUGGACCUGCCAACUUUCCAGACCAGAUAUUCAGUCCGAAACCAGAGCACGGCGAGGAUGACAAACUGUUCACAGUCAACCAGCGGUUCACCUACUUCCAGCCGCAGGGCGGCGACAAGGCGGCCAAACCGGGUCUGGCUACCACCAACCACUUCCACAUGCGUCGCGAGAUCCGGCCGCCGGCGCGAUUCCGCGGCGCCAAGAUGACGGUGCGACUGCGGCCGCGUCAGGUCCUCUGCUCCAAGUGCCGCAGCAUCUGCAACGAGAACUCUGAAAACGUCGACCAUUCUGCCGCCCGUGGCAAGAAAACGCCGCCAUUCUCCGAGAACCAGACUAGCAACCUGGACACGCGGCUAGCGCCCGCCACCGCGGCGUCCGCCGCCACACUCAUCCCCAAACUGUCCCGCCUGAAGCCCAACGAAAUCAGCAAUGCCAUCAACGGAAUUGUGUCCAAACCUAGUCUAGAAGUUAACUAUUGGUUAGGCGGCAACGCUACCCCUAAACCAACCGAGACGGACUUGGAAGAGGACAGCGAUAGUAAGAUGGUGCUGCGGAAAAAACGCAGCGUGGGGUCAAUGGAGGAUCUGUGGGACGAGAGUGUGUUCGAGGAGGCCGCCAAACGCACCAAAACAACGCCUGUGAUCAAGAUAUCGUUUGGGGGUCAGGGCGAGGGUGAAGUGGUGAAGAUACCGUCCAAGUUGCAGAACUGUAGUGAGAGUGAAGCGGAGGACAAACAAAAAGCGGCUUCCGCUAAAGCGGCGAAGCGGGCUAAAAAAGCCAAGAAAGAAGCGAGACGAAAACUGAAUCCGGGCAGUUCACCAGUCUACCGCAAACAUCGACACAAAGUGAAACACAAGAAGAAACGCAAACUCGAGAACGAAGCGACGGCCGUCUGCCGGCAGACGGUGGCCGAAAUCAAGGACCGCUGUUUAAAGCAGAAACUAUCGAUUAGUCUGAGGAGGCUGAACGCGACCGCUUACGCGAGUGGACCGCCCGGAACGGAGGCGGAGAGUGCGGGUUCGAGUCCCGCCACCAGUCAUAGCUCCGAGGAGGCGCUGCCUGACUUCCCACCCUCCCCGUCACCGCAAGACGACGGCAGUCACGUGGUCAUGGCGUCUACGCGUAACAGCGACGGUCGUCUGCUGGCGGUCGGUGAUAUUGUGUGGGGGAAGAUACACGGCUUUCCUUGGUGGCCUGGAAAGGUUAGUUCUGAGCUAACUUUGAAGGAUGAACCUCGGGGUCUCGAGCCCCAUGUGGCGUGGUACGGCUCUUCCACGUCCUCUCUCAUGCCUUGUGAUCAACUUAGUCCAUUUUUAGAAACUUUCAAGUCUCGAUUCAAUAAGAAGAAAAAGUCGAGUCAGUACAAAGAGGCGAUCAAACAGGCGAGUAGCGAGGCGACCUCCAGUCGUAGCAGUGCUGCCAACAACGAUGUCUCGGCGAGCAGUGCUGCCAACGAUGCCACCAUGCCCCCUGUUCUCACUCAGCUGCUCUGCGCUUCCCCCACUCAAGUUCACGUUGUUUCCUAGCUGAAUUCUAAAGAUAGCCGACCUCUAGAUUGCCUGCUAAUUCAUAGGAGGUUGAAAAUUUUGAAGCAAUUUGAAGCGACGCAUCAUAUCAUACUGGACUAUGGUAAUUAAAUUUACUUCCCUUUAGCCACUAACUAUAUCACUACCAUGUUGAUAUAAUGCAAUUUGCUACUAUUUUUAUAUUAAUCUUAGACGCGAAUUAUGAAAAUUUCACCAUUUAAUAUACUGCCAUUUAAUAAUUAUUAUGAAAGCAUAGAGACAACUUUUGUGAUGCUUAUAGUUGAUAACUAUAGUCAGGUCCACGUUAUAAUGGCAGUGUUUGAUUAGCAAUGGUAUUGCUAUUCUUGUCUAUCAUUCAACAAAGCGGAUAUCUCUUUCUCGCUUUGCUCUGUUGCCAGAUCGUCUUAUAACAAUGUAGAAUUGAUAAUUAAUUAACAAAAUAUUUCAUCUCAAUUAUGAAAAUUUAUUAUGAAAUUAUUGAAAAAUAUAAUUUCUUGCUUAAUAAAAUAUAAUUCAGUGAAUGAACAGUUAAUAUUACAUCAAUAAACAUGUAACAGCUAUUGUCUAUAGAAGGCAUUGACAAGCAGAGGAUCGGCAACGUUGAUUUCCUAUCUUUCUCCACUCCCAUUAUAACGUGGACCUCACUAUAUUGUAAAGUACCACUGUCCUCUUCAAUUGUCUAAUUAUUUUGCAAAAACUGUGAUUAUAGUAACGGCCAGAGAUUUGGGUGUUUCAAAUUCAAAUUGUUCAUUUUAUUUGACAUAAUUACAAUUAAGUAGUAAUGAAUUAUACAGAUGGAAAUUGAAGAGAAAUUUACAACUUUUAAUAGAAAUUAAUAAUUUUGAAAUUAAUUUAUUCAAAUGCUAAUCGAUGAAUAAUUAUUAUUAAACGAAAAUCCAAUGUUUAAUGCUUUAUUAUUAUUAUUAGCGUAU